AUGGACAGGUGGAAUAACGAUGAUGACUGUGAAUUAACUAAUUUGGUAAGUUUCCUGACAGCAGAGGCUUGGAAUCAGAUUCCCGUAUCCGUGCUGCUUCAGGAGAAGCUGUCUGUUCCUGAGAGCCACGCACCACGCAGGGAGAAGAUGACUUCUGCCGAGAAACUGCCAUCAAGUCCGAACGCUGAGCAAAACCAAUCUCCUCAUCUGCCUCUCUGCACAAGUCCCGGCAAUCCGGUCUUUUCCUGUAUGCUGGACCCUAAAACACUCAUGACCAAUGGUUCUUUGAGAAAGCCUCAGGUUUUACUGUUUAAAACAAGUUCAAGUGAGUAUGGUGCUAUACCACCUGUCCCACAGAUGGUACCCUGCCAUCAAGUCCGAACGCUGAGCAAAACCAAUCUCCUCAUCUGCCUCUCUGCACAAGUCCCGGCAAUCCGGUCUUUUCCUGUAUGCUGGACCCUAAAACACUCAUGA